GGCUUCCGGUUGGCAAGAUGGUGGCGCGCGGGAGGAAGCGUGUGGCGCAGGACUCUGAGAAGGGGAUUCAGAGCCCGCCGGGCUACUCAGCCAUUCCCAUCAAAUUCUCUGAAAAGCAGCAGUCUUCUCAUUACCUCUAUGUGAGAGAGCACAAAGUUCGAGAAGGCACCAAGUCUUCCUGGCCUCAGAAACGGACCCUUUUUGUCCUCAAUGUGCCCCCAUACUGCACAGAGGAGUGCCUGUCCCGCCUCCUGUCCCCCUGCGGCCCUGUGCAGUCGGUGGAGUUACAGGAGAAGCCGGAUCUUGCUGAGAGCCCUAAGGAGCCAAAGUCCAAGUUCUUUCACCCCAAGCCAGUUCCUGGGUUCCAGGUGGCCUACGUGGUGUUCCAGAAGCCACGUGGGGUGGCAGCUGCCUUGGCCCUGAAGGGCCCUCUGCUGGUCUCGACAGAGAGUCACCCCGUGAAGAGCGGGAUUCACAAGUGGAUCAGAGACUACGCAGACUCGGUGCCGGACCCCGAGGCCCUGAGGGUCGAGGUGGACACGUUCAUGGAGACGUACGACGAGAAGAUGGCCGAGGAGGAGGCCAAGGACAAGGAGGAGGAAGGGGUCCCUGAUGAGGAGGGCUGGGUGAAGGUGACCCGCCGCGGCCGGCGGCCGGUGCUCCCGAGGACGGAGGCGGCCAGCCUGCGGGUGCUGGAGAGGGAGAAGCGGAAGCGUGCGCGCAAGGAGCUGCUCAACUUCUACGCCUGGCAGCACCGCGAGACCAAGAUGGAGCAUCUCGCGCAGCUGCGCAAGAAGUUCCAGGAGGACAAGCAGAGGAUCGAGCUGAUGCGGGCCCAGCGCAAGUUCCGACCCUACUGAGCCUCUCCCGCCCGUGGGCCCCGUGGAGAGGGGUGGUGACUGGGUGGCAGUGCGUGGCCAGCGAGGACACGGGGCCUGUGGCACAUCUCAGAGGUCGUGCUCAGGCUGAGGAGCCACGCGUCACCCCCAGAGAUCUGAGCCCCCGUGAUGUGGGGUGCAGGACGGUGUCACCCCUUGGUUCCCGUGCUUCGGCAGUCCUGGGGCUCGGCGCAAGGACUCGGACUCCGGAAGCCACUGGCCCAGGAAGUGGCUCCGUCCCC